GGCCCCGCUCCCGGCCCCGCUCCGCCCCGGCCCCGGCCCCGCUCCCCGCGCCGCCAUGACGCUCCUCGCCGCCGGCAGCCGGGCGGCCGCGCGCCUCCGCGGGCCCAAGAACACCCCGUGUGUGCUCUUGGCCGCCCGCCACGCCAGCGCUGCCACGAACCUCAAGGAUGUCCUGGCCAACAUGAUCCCCAAGGAGCAGGCGAAAAUCAAGAGCUUCAGGCAGCAGCACGGCAGCACAGCCAUCGGGCAGAUCACGGUGGACAUGGUGUAUGGUGGCAUGAGGGGCAUGAAAGGGCUGAUCUAUGAGACCUCAGUGCUGGAUCCUGAUGAGGGCAUCCGCUUCCGUGGCUACAGCAUCCCUGAGUGCCAGAAGCUGCUGCCCAAAGCUGCUGGGGGAGAGGAGCCGUUGCCUGAGGGGCUCUUCUGGCUGCUGGUGACUGGAGAAGUGCCCACCCAGGAGCAGGUGACCUGGCUAUCCCAGGAGUGGGCUCGACGUGCAGCGUUGCCUUCCCACGUGGUGACCAUGCUGGACAACUUCCCCACCAACCUGCACCCCAUGUCCCAGCUCAGCGCUGCCAUCACGGCCCUCAACAGCGAGAGCAAGUUCGCUCGUGCCUACGGCGAAGGGAUCCACAGGGCCAAGUACUGGGAGUUUGUCUAUGAGGAUGCCAUGGAUCUCAUUGCCAAGCUGCCCUGUGUGGCUGCCAAGAUCUACCGCAACCUGUACCGGGAGGGCAGCAGCAUCGGCGCCAUCGCCCCCGACCUCGACUGGUCCCACAACUUCACCAACAUGUUGGGCUACACUGAGCCUCAGUUCGUGGAGCUGAUGAGGCUCUACCUCACCAUCCACAGUGACCAUGAGGGGGGAAAUGUGAGUGCCCACACCAGUCACUUGGUGGGCAGUGCCCUCUCUGACCCCUACCUCGCCUUUGCUGCUGCCAUGAAUGGACUGGCUGGGCCCCUGCAUGGACUUGCCAACCAGGAGGUGCUGCUCUGGUUGACCAACCUGCAGAAGGAGCUGGGCCGGGAGGUGUCGGAUGAGAAGCUGCGGGAUUUCAUCUGGAACACGCUCAACUCUGGCAGGGUGGUGCCAGGCUAUGGCCACGCUGUGCUGCGUAAGACCGACCCCCGUUACACGUGCCAGCGGGAAUUCGCCCUCAAGCACCUGCCCCAGGAUCCUCUCUUCAAACUGGUGGCUCAGCUCUACAAGAUCGUCCCCAACGUGCUGCUGGAGCAGGGCAAGGCCAAGAACCCCUGGCCCAACGUGGAUGCCCACAGUGGGGUCCUGCUGCAGUACUAUGGGAUGAAGGAGAUGAAUUACUACACGGUGCUGUUCGGGGUCUCCAGGGCUCUGGGGGUCCUGUCACAGCUCAUCUGGAGCCGAGCCCUGGGCUUCCCCCUGGAGAGACCCAAAUCCAUGAGCACCAAGGGGCUGAUGCAGCUCGUGGGCUACAAGUCUGGGUAAAGAAGGGACAGGGGAGGGGGUUCCCCCAACCUUAAAGCCCCCCUCCCACCCACCAACCCCCCUCUUCCCCACUCCCCCCUCCCCUGGGAACGCUGUGCUGCUGCCCCAGGGCCUGGACAGCCUCAGCACUGACCCCCCCCCUCAGGCAUUGGCUGGGGGGGGAAGAGGGGUGUGAGUGGAAACCCCCCCCCCAAAAACCUCUCCCUGCUUUAAGGGGGAUGGGGAGGGAGCCACCCUGUUCCUUUCAUCCCCUUUGCCCCCACCCAGCAGCACCACGCACACUGGGAGCCCCCCCAGGCUCCCCCCUGCUGCUGGGCUGGUGCUGUGUGGCCCCCCCAACCCCCCCCCCCCAAAAGGGGUUCAGUCCUGAUCCAUGUCCAAGCCCCCCCCUUUCCUUCCCUUCCCCCCCACCCCCAACCAUGGGGCAGCAGGUGAAGAACAAAGAUCUCAGCCCCUCCUUUCCCCCCCCCCCAAACCCCUCAGCAGGGACUUGAUACACUCCUCCCCCCCCCCUCCCCGUGUUUGUGUGACCCCCCCUGGCUGCUGCCCCCCCCUGGGCAUUGGGCACUUCUGUACAAACAACAACAAAAUGCAAAAUAAAUGUUUUUAUUAACAA